ACAUCCCACAAACCAUCGAGUUCCAAGUUCCAACAACAAUUACAAGCAGCUCUCUCAGUGACCACGCAAUCCCAAAUUUCGUUUCAGUCUUUCAAUCGAACGUCAAAAUCGUAGGGACAAUGUCGAUCAUACCAAGAUUUUUCGGUGGCCGACAAAGCAGUGUCUUGGACCCCUUCAAGGAUUUCCCAUUCCCCUAUUUUCCUGAAUUUUCUCGAGAAAAUUCUGCGUUUGUGAACACCAGAAUCGACUGGAAGGAGACCCCAGAAGCCCACGUGUUCAAGGCCGAUCUUCCGGGGCUGAAGAAGGAGGAAGUGAAGGUUGAGAUAGAAGAUGACAGAGUGCUCCAGAUCAGCGGAGAGAGGAAUGUGGAGAAGGAAGACAAGAACGACACGUGGCAUAGCGUGGAGCGUAGCAGCGGCAAGUUCAUGAGGAGGUUCAGGCUGCCGGAAAAUGUGAAGAUGGAGGAGGUGAAGGCGUCCAUGGAGAAUGGGGUUCUUACAGUCACUGUUCCUAAGGAGGAGGUCAAGAAGCCUGAUGUUAAAGCAAUUGAAAUUUCUGGUUGAAAUUGUAUCCCGUUGGCUCGUUAAUCGUUAUGGCCUUGAAAUAAAUCAAUAAAAUUGUUUAAUAAAUGUAAAAAGUAAUUGGUUACGUUAGAUAAGUAAAUAUAUUUUGGAUUUGUGUAAA